AUGCACACGAAGAGAUCUAUUUUAUCACAAGUCGCACAAAUAUUUGAUCCGUUAGGUCUGCUAGGCCCAGUUAUCGUAACAGCGAAAGGUAUUAUACAGCAACUGUGGAAGAUGCAAAUUAGUUGGGACGAGUCGUUGCCUAUGGAUCUUCAGACAAAAUGGUCACGUUACAUCCUGGAUUUGCAGGGUCUAAAGAAGCUCAACAUACCACGGAAGAUUAUUGGUGGUUCGCAGGAUGCCCGCAAAGAAAUUCAUGGGUUUUGCGAUGCCAGCGAACACGCGUACGGUGCUUGUGUCUACAUGCGCAGCAUCAAGUCAGAUGGAACGCCGGAAGUACAUUUGAUAUGCUCUAAAUCUCGUGUCGCACCUAUCAAGGUAUUAUCCAUACCUAGAUUGGAACUCUGUGGCGCACAACUUUUGACCCAACUAAUGGGAAAGGUUGCAGAAGCUCUAGAAGUCAACAUUGAUAGCAAGUAUUACUGGACUGACUCAUUAAUCGUAUUGCAUUGGCUCCAGGCCAGCAAUAAGAAAUUACCGGUUUUCGUGGCGCACAGAGUCGGCGAUAUUCAAGAGGCGACAUCCAUCGAGGAUUGGAGGCAUGAGUUGAUAAGUUCACAUCUCUGGUGGGAAGGACCCCGCUGGUUACAUUGUAAAAAAUUGCCAGAGAAUCAACGUAGGGUAGCAGAAUAUGACGAAGGUCAACUUGAAGAGCAUGAUAAAUCAGGAAUAGUCGCAGUAGCCAGUUAUUCGGAAAUAAAUCCAUUUGACAAGUUUUCUAUAUUUAGCAGACUUAUUCCGGUGGCAGCUACGUGUUUACGGUUUGCAAGCAAUUGCAGAAGACAAAAACGGCAUGGGCCUCUAAGCGUGGAGGAAUUACAGGCGGCUACCAAGCGUCUGAUAAGAAGAGAACAAGAAAUCGCAUUUUCCAAGGACAUUAAGGAUCUAAGAAGCAAAGGAAGUGCAUCAAGUCGAAGCAAUUUGAGACAAUUGAACCCAUUUAUCGACGAAGAAAAUUUAAUACGGGUUGGCGGCAGGCUCCAGCACGCAAGCUUACAAACAGACGUCAAACAUCCUUAUCUACUGCAUCAACGUUCAAGUUUCACAAGACUCAUUAUUGAGCAUGAACAUCGAAAACUCAUGCAUGCUGGAGCGGACGCAACUCUGGCUGCAGGACGACUCAGAUAUUGGCCGCUCAAGGCGCGCGGUACUAUAAGAAAGCUAUUGCAAGGGUGUAUAAAAUGCUUCAAAUCCCGGCCACGAUUUUUGGAGCAAGUAAUGGGGAAUUUACCCAUUCAUCGUGUAACGCCAUCAAGACCAUUCAGCUGUACAGGCGUAGAUUUUUGCGGACCGAUAUAUGUUCGAGAAGGUUCACGCAGAAAUAGUAAAAACGUCAAGGCUUAUGUCUCAGUAUUUGUUUGUUUGGCAACAAAGGAAGUUCAUUUGGAGGUGGUCUCAAACAUGACCACUGACGCAUUUCUCAACGCGUUCAAGAGGUUCAUCGGGCGAAGAGGCAAGCCAUCCGAUAUAUUUUCAGACAACGGCACCAACUUUGUCGGUGCGAAUGCCGAGCUGGAGGAACUGCAAAAUUUAUUUAAUCAAGAGGAACAUCAGCGCAAGCUUGUGGAAGAAACGUCCAUGGAUCAAAUUAAAUGGCAUUUCAUCCCUCCUCGAGCCCCUCAUUUUGGGGGACUUUGGGAGGCAACUGUUAAGACGUUCAAGAGACACUUCUACGGAGUUGCAUCCAAUGUGGCUCUCACCUUCGAGGAAGCAUCGACGCUUGUAACCCAGAUAGAAGCAAUUCUUAACUCUAGGCCACUAAUAGCUAUAUCUCUGGAUCCUAAUGAUUUGGGUUAUGUUUCAGCAGGUCACUUUCUCAUAGGUGAUGCAAUAAUAUCCUAUCCCGAACCGGACAUAACCCAGCUAAAAACGGGACGGCUGUCUCGCUGGCAACACUUGGAGCAGAUGAGACAACACUUUUGGAGACGAUGGUCGUCUGAAUAUUUACUACAAUUACAAGGUCGGACAAAAUGGCAUUCGAACCGUGGACCAGCACUCAAGGUUGGGCAGUUGGUGAUCUGCAAGGAAGAUGGAUUGCCGUCAUUAAAAUGGAUGCUUGGACGAGUGAAGGAG